AUGGGGGUGGCCUGCUGGCAGUUGUACUGUCUGGAGCACGGCAUACGGCCUGACGGUACGCUACCGUCCUUUGAAACUGACGGCGGCGCAACGGACUCCUGUUUCAACACAUUCUUCUCGGAAGCGGACCGGGGCAAGAUGGUGCCACGGGUGGUCAUGGUCGAUUUGGAGCCCACUGUGAUUGACGAAAUCCGAAAUGGUGAAUACCGGCAGCUGUACCAUCCCGAACAGCUCAUCACGGGCAAGGAGGACGCGGCCAACAACUACGCCCGAGGUCACUACUCUACAGGCCGGGACAUACUUGAGCCUGUCAUGGAGAGGCUAAGAAAAUUGGCGGAUCAGUGCACAGGUUUACAGGGUUUCUUCGUAUUCCAUUCAUUCGGCGGGGGCACUGGCUCUGGUCUCACAUCUCUGCUCAUGGAGACGCUCUCUGAUGAGUUUGGAAAGAAAAGCAAAUUAGAAUUCGCCAUCUAUCCAGCUCCACAAGUAAGUAGUUUUUAUAACAUUACUAUGAUCUUGAAUAAUUUUGUAUUUCUCGUAACAGAGGACAGCAUUUUGAGAUAG